UGUUAAGCUUGAAAAGGAUGUCACACAAAGCAUUCAUCACACCAACUCUUAUGUCUCUUUUCUUCUCUGUGGUUCUUUGCACACCUCCAGAGGACCCAAUAAAGUGCUCAUCAAAGAACACAAGCUGCACUAUCACAAACUCCUAUGGAAUCUUCCCUGAUCGAAGCAUCUGCAAAGCUGCUCAAGUGUUGUACCCAACCACUGAAGAAGAGCUUUUGUCAAUGGUUGCAUCAGCAACAAGAAACAAAACUAACAUGAAAGUUGCCACACGUUUUUCCCACAGCAUACCCAAGUUGGUGUGUCCUGAAGGCCAAAAUGGGUUGCUUAUAAGCACCAAAUAUCUGAACCAAAUAUUGAAGGUUGAUGUGGAAGCAAAGACAAUGACAAUGGAGAGUGGUGUGACAAUGAAACAACUCAUCAACGAGGCUGCAAAGGUGGGCUUGGCCUUGCCAUAUGCACCAUAUUGGUGGGGUUUGACAAUUGGGGGGCUUAUGGGAACCGGUGCUCAUGGAAGCACUUUGUCGGGUAAAGGAAGUUCUGUUCAUGAUUAUGUGGUUGAGCUUAGAAUUGUUAGGCCAGCAAGUCCUAAAGAUGGAUAUGCUAACGUUGAGACACUAAAUGAACAACAUGAAGAUCUCAAUGCAGCCAGAGUAUCACUGGGUGUUCUAGGAGUUAUUUCACAGAUUACUCUAAAACUAGAACCUCUCUUCAAGCGAUCAAUCACGUAUCUGGCAAAAGAUGAUUCAGAUUUGGGAGAACAAGUGGCUGGAUUUGGUCAUGCACAUGAGUUUGCGGAUAUAACGUGGUACCCAAGUCAACACAAGGUUGUCUACCGUGUUGAUGAUCGUGUCCCAACCAAUACAUCGGGCAAUGGUCUCUAUGACUUUAUUCCUUUCCGUCCCACUCCUUCGCUUGAAUUGGCUCUCAUAAGAACCACAGAGGAUAUUCAAGAAUCCACUAGUGAUGCCGAUGGAAAGUGCAGAAUUGCUAAGACAACAACGACUGCCCUCAUCGCCACUGCUUUUGGACUUACUAACAAUGGUAUAAUCUUUACUGGAUAUCCUGUAAUUGGAUUUCAGAACCGGCUUCAGGCAUCUGGGUCAUGCUUGGACAGUCUUCAAGAUGCAAAGAUCACAGCAUGUGCAUGGGAUUCCAGGGUGAAAGGAGAGUUCUUUCACCAAACCACAUUUAGCGUUGGGUUGUCUGUUGUAAAAAAUUUCAUUGAAGAUGUACAAAAGCUAGUUCAAUUGGAGCCCAAGGGCUUGUGUGGCAUAGAGCUUUACAAUGGAAUUCUCAUGCGUUAUGUGAAGGCUUCAAGUGCAUACUUGGGGAAGCAAGAGGAUGCAUUAGACUUUGAUAUCACAUACUACCGUAGCAAAGAUCCAAUGACUCCUAGGCUUUACGAAGACAUUCUUGAAGAAGUUGAACAACUUGGAAUAUUCAAGUAUGGAGGGUUACCUCAUUGGGGUAAGAAUAGGAACUUGGCAUUUGAAGGGGCCAUCAAAAAGUACAAAAAUGCUGAUAAAUUUUUUACUGUUAAAGAGAAGUAUGAUUCACAAGGGCUUUUCUCAAGUGAAUGGACAAAUCAAAUACUUGGGUUAAAAGAUGGGGUGACAACACUGAAAGAUGGGUGUGCAUUAGAAGGUUUGUGCAUUUGCUCACAGGAUAGCCAUUGCAAUCCUAGUAAAGGCUACUUUUGUAGACCAGGGAAAGUCUACAAGGAAGCAAGGGUUUGUACUCAUUUAACAUCCAAGUGA